CCCGACUGACGCACCUGUCGCCGUGGGAGUCACUGUACACACUGAUUUGCAUGGGGCAAGGAUCCUUCAGGUUGGCAUUUCGCUUACAGCGAAGCUCAGCUGCCAUGGCCGUGGUUCCUGCUCAAUCUCUCCGGGUUUCGGAUAUCCGAGACCCGACGGUUCUGUUCGAGCGGUACAACACCGAGGAGAUACGCGGCAUCGAGCGGAAAGUCCGCGGAGAGAUCGAGCACAAGAAGGAGGAACUUCGUCAGAUGGUGGGCGAGCGGUACCGCGAUUUGAUCGACGCCGCCGACACCAUCGGAGAGAUGCGUCAGUGUUCGGAGAGCGUAGUUACGUCCAUCCAGGACAUGCACCGCUAUUGCCACAAGCUGAAACAGGGGAAAAGCGUUCCCCAAAGCAACAGCAAAGAAGAGGUCCAGAGGCAGUCCCAGGAGAAGUUCUACACCAUGGCCUCUCAGAUCAAGCUGCUGCUGGAGAUCCCAGAGAGGAUCUGGAGUUCCAUGGAGGCCUCUCAGUACCUGCAGGCCACACAGCUCUACCUGCUCUGCUGCCACCUGCACAAACAGCUCCACCUGGAGGCUGGAGGACCACAGUACAGCCCCGUCCUCGCCCGCUUCCCCAUCCUGGUCAGGCAGGUGGCUGCUGCUGGACACUUCAGGUCCACCAUUUUGCUGGACAGUAAGUCAGUCCUGCGUGGUCGGGCGGUGUCUGACCAAGCCAUCGCUGAGGCCCUAGUGUCCACCAUGCUCCUCGAGGACAGCUCUCCACGUCAGGCUCUGGCUGACUUCCUCCUGGCUAGGAAGGCCUCUAUCCAACAGCUACUCAACCAGCCACAGCAUGGUGCUGGUAUUAAGGCCCAGGUGUGUAGCCUGGUAGAGCUGCUGGUGACUACUCUGUACCAGGCCUACGCUGUCUUCUACGUAGCCCCAGAAGGGAGUCCCCGGCUGGGGGACGGAGGGCUGAGCUCCGGCCUCCUCUUCACCACUCUGGAGAACGUCACCUCCACCACACCUACAGGUAAAGGGAGGCGUGUCCUUCAGGAGGAGGUGAGUACAGGAAGCUGGUUCAAGUACCUCCCCUCUUCCAUCGCUGAGUUCCAGCCCGCGCUCAGAACCCUGGCUCAGCCAAUCCAGAGAGAGCAGCUCAGAGACACCCUACAGCAGUGGAUCAACACCUGUAAGGAGGACAUCUGUAAUGGUGUCAGCAGUCUACUGGUCUAUGUGAACAGUCUGAAGGGCCUAGCCUCCAUCAGAGAUGCUGUGUGGGACCUCCUAUCCACCGACUCCAUCAGUCAACACUGGAGCUUCAUCUGCCAGCGGCUGUUAGAGCGCCCCCUAGCGCUGUGGGAGGACUUCCUACAGCAGCUCUUCCUCCAACGCCUGCAGGCGAUCACCCAGGAGGGUACAGAGACUAUCUCCACCAGCUGCAGACAGCUCCUCUCCACUGCCCUUCGAGAUCUAGAGGGCCAACCCACCCCUCCAGGCCCCGGUCCACCAGGCUCCAGCCCUCCCCUCCCCAGCCGAGGUGCUCUCUACGAGGCAGACGUGGCCUCCUUCCUGUGGUCCGAGGCCCAGGGGGACCUACUGAGCGACGCGGCCUGGGUCAGUGUAUCCCAACGGGGGCCACAGCAUCGGAGCGGCCUGGCCAUGAAGACUCAGGCCCUGACACCCUGUGUCCAGAUCUUCUGUUCAUCACUGGAUGCUGCUCUCAGAGACAGACUGGAUGACCUGCAGCACUACCUGCCCUCUGAUAACACAGAUCCCCAGGUCCCCUCCGUCUCCUUCACUAUAGGCCUCGGCUCUGGGUCCAGUUCUGGUUCCGGUACCGUCUCAUCCUUCGACCGGUUCACAGACGCCGUGGCGGUCGAGGAGACCCUACGUGAACGCUGUCUGGCAUGCGUACGUGACAUCAUCACCUGCGUGCGCUCUAAACUGGGGGCGGCCUCACCUGUUGGCUCCUCCCCCGGCCCAGCCCGUCUCAGCUCGGUGCUCUUCAUGGCCCGCCUCUGUCAGUCCCUCAGCAAGCUCUGCCCCAACCUCAGGCAGUGCAUCCUGGGUAAACAGGGCUGUGCUGCAGCUGACCCUGUUACCAAGGGAACACCCCGCCAAAGCAGGAAGUUGGGGAAGGCGGCUGCCAAGGCGACAGAGGUUAGCCCCGCCCAGGCCAAGUGGGCGUGUCUCAAAGAGGAGCUUCUGGUUGUCAGUAUGGAAGCAUAUCGGAUAUGGAGCUCCGCCCUCUCUAAGGCGCUGGUGGGUCGGUUUGCGACCUCGCUGCACGCAGAGUCUGCCGGGGCUAUCCUAGCAAACGCCACCAACUGGGAGGAGCUAGAGAUCCAGGAAGAGGCGGAGUCGGGGAGCAGCGUCACCUCCAAGAUCAGACUUCCUGUCCAGGUAAGAGUGAUCGCAGGACUCUCUCUCCUCACUCACACAGCGCAGGACAAGGACUGUCCGUUCCCUAUGACUCAGAACAGGUCUCUACAGCUGUUAUUUGACCUGAGAUAUCUCACUGCUACCCUGGGUACCAAACUAGAGGAUGGCAGGGCCUUCCGCUCUCAACAAGACCCCAGGGUCCAGCAGGUGUGUGAUUCGCUGGAGAGCUACAUUGAUCCCUUUGACCUGGAUGUGUUCAUGCCUCCAUUCAACAGCAACCUCAACCGCCUAUCACAGAGGAGUUCGGUGUUGUUGGGGUUGUUGACGGGGACAGAGAAGCAGUUUGUUUCCCGUGGUAACAGCGCGGCCUCUCAGGAACCAUACAACAUCCUGCCGCUGGCCAGCACCCAGAUCAGGUUUGGGUUGUUACCUCUGAGCAUGACCAACUCCCGUAAAACCAAGUCCUCCACACAGGGAACUGACAUCACACGCCCACUGGCCUCAGCCAUCUCUAAACCCGUCCAUGACGACACCUUCCGCCCUGGCAACCUGUUCAGACAGCUAGCCAAUCAGGAGGAGGAGCCCGUGGCGCCGCCGUCGCUAUUCAAGCUGGGCUGGCUCUCUGGCAUGUCCAAAUAAGGGGCUAUGUCCCUAAUGACACUCUCUAUUCCCACUAUGUAGUGCACUACUUUUGACAAGGACCUAUGGGAACUAUUCCCACUAUAUAGGGAAUAGGAUGCCAUUUAACAUUGAACCCAAAUAAGGAGUGUGACUGUUUGUAUUCUUUAAACACCUUGUACUGUACAGAGACUGUUAGAAGAUACGGAUCAAUAUUACAGUUUGCACAGAUGAUUCAUGA